AUGGCGUCUGUUGGUCCGAGCCCAACAACUAGCUCUUCUUCUAUCUCCGAAGAUUCUCAUGAUUUGAGUCUUGAGCUUCAACCAGCGCCACUACGUCUCCCGCGACGCAGAACAGAUGCAAAUUUUGAUGGAUCCAAUUCUGUUGAUCACGAACAUACGUCGACAACGGAGGACGAUUUGACUGACACUGUUAUCCACAAAGAUAUCAUCCCACAUCCACCUCAGGCGGCCAUCACUAAGGCACCGUCGCAGUGCCGCCCUCCUGCCCCGAAACUGGGGUCGCUUGUGUCGAAGUUCGAGAUCUUGGAUGCGGUGAAUAGCACUGAGAGUAUUUCUGCAUUUAAAAUCAAGCCUAAUGGGAUACCCCGAGGCCAGGCAACGCUAGUUAAAACCGGGAGCUCGUCCAAGGAAUCGAAAAAUACCACUUUCAUACAAAAUCACAACCUUGCUAAAAAUCCCGCUGAUUUAUCCCCAAGACAGAUCGUGUCACCGCCUCCCAUAGGAAACAGGUCGAAACUUCCGGUGAGCACUCUGUUCAAGUCAAUGAUAGGGGACCAUAGCCCUGAGGCGGUUUCUCGAUCCCAGAAGAAAGACAAGGAAAUAGCAUCGGCCGAGGGAGAAAAGAGACCACCGAAAAAACAAGAUUCGCCAACUCGGGACUCCCAAGAUGAUUAUAGCAAUGAUCUAUCUCAUGAUACCAAUUCUCAGGCAGGCAGACGUCCUGGAUAGGAUCCCAGGCUCAUCUCAGACCGUAGAAGGUUAUUUGAACACAAAAGCAGUAAGUACAUCCAUAGAAUAUCCAUUAUAAGAGU